CAUUUUUAAAAAGCAUAUCUGUGGAAUGGGCAUGCCCUUCAAUUUUUUAUUUUUUUUUUGUUGGCUGCUUGUUUUCAGCGAAGCAUCUACACAUUUUAUUUAAAUACUGAACAGUAAAAUCUAAUUGGUCUUUCUAACAACUUUCCAGCUCCUUUGUUCUGCAAUGUCCAACAACACUCUGAACACUGCCUACAAUCAUUCUGCAAACUCUACCAACCCCAGUGCGGUCCACGUUCGUCCGCUAUGGUACGAGUUCCCAAUAUGCGCCGUGGCCCCUUAUGGCUAUAUUUUCUACUAUGGAGUCAAGGUGUUUAACUUGGCAGUAGGGACUCCGUGUAACAUCUUGGUCAUCUGGCAGAUCAUUACCAAGAAAAGUGACGCUUUCACAUCUGACACCUUUAUCCUCAACCUGGCCAUACUGGACGCCUACUUCUGCCUCAUGACGCCCGUCGACCUUGUCAACGGGUUAUUGCUGAAUGACAACGGCAUCUGGUACUUUAAGAGAUUGGCAUAUGGAAUCAAAGACUUAGCGCCACUCUUUCUGGUGUGUAUUUGUCUGGACCGCUACAUGGCUGUGGUCCACCCCGUGCUCUUCACUGGCAUCCGUGACAACAAAAUCCGCAUCGGGAUUUCUGUGGUGGUGUGGGGCCUCAUAUUGGCUUACGCCCUGGUGAAGUGCAUCCUGGGACGCAUGCCUGUCGAUGGCGUCUUCAGUGGCAUCAUCCUUUUUGCGUUUGCAUUGAUGAUCUUUUGUAACAUCUCCAUCAUCUGGGCCCUUCGGCACUCUGUGACGGGAAAAGAGGUGAUGCACCCGGUGAAGAAGAGGGCCUUCAAGAUGGUGCUGAUUAACCUGGCCAUCAUCGUGGUCAACUACCUGCCGCCCGUGGCGCUCAUGCCCUUUGCGUCAUACUACACGGCCGUGGCGUUUCAAUGUCAGAUCCGCGUCAGUGUGUACUCCAUCAUGGAUCUGAGCUGCAGCAUUGAGCCUCUGCUCUACAUCACAAAGAUGGAGCGUGUGGAAGGCACAUGCUGUGGAAAGAGUGUCUGUGAGAAGCCGCUUGAUGUCACCACAUAACUGAACCUCUAGUCAUAAAUCCAUCACAAAAGUUUUUCAGAGAAGACCGUGCAUGCACUGUUAUAUUUUUAUUUGAAGAAUUUUGUUCUGUGCGAUCCGGAGAGCCGGUAAGAGAACAACGUCAAAGCUCUUGAGCUGGUGGACACACCUAGCUGUAGUUGAAAUGUAACCUAAUCUUUUUCACUAGCUGUUAUGUGGUUGUAAUACUUACUCCAUGUAUAUGAUAAUUAGUAAAUAGUUGCUAAAUGGUUGCAAUAUCCAGAAGAAAUACAUAAUCAUACUACACGAUUUUCAACAAACCACAAUUUAGUAAUUCCUUGAGUUA